GAUAGAUUGACGUCAUCGGGACUGACGCAGAGCGAGCCGAGGUAUCAGAGAGGCAGAGCAGCAGCAGCCAGCAGCAUCCCGGCUAACCAACGGUACCUCACCGAUCUCCCACCACCAGCGAGGUGUUUUCCCACUGAGCAUCCUCCACCAAUAACGAGAUAAAAGAUAAGAUGGCCACCUCCUCCUCCACUCUGGAAGAAGACGAGAGCUUGAAGGGCUGUGAAAUUUUUGUGCAGAAGCACAACAUCCAGCAGAUCCUCAAAGAGUGCAUUGUGAACCUCUGCAUCGCUAAGCCUGAGCGUCCUAUGAAGUUCCUGCGGGAGCAUUUUGAAAAGCUGGAGAAGGAAGAAUGCAAGCAGAUCAUGGCACGCCAGAAAUCUAACAGCCAGUCGGACUCACACGAUGAUGAGGUUUCUCCCCCACCGCCCAACCCUGUUGUCAAGGCCCGGCGCCGCAGGGGAGGGGUCAGCGCAGAGGUCUACACUGAAGAGGACGCUGUCAGCUACGUACGCAAGGUGAUCCCAAAGGACUACAAGACCAUGACCGCUUUAGCCAAGGCCAUCUCCAAGAAUGUGCUCUUCGCUCACCUGGACGAUAAUGAGAGAAGUGACAUAUUUGAUGCCAUGUUCCCAGUUACCCAUAUCGCAGGGGAGACAGUCAUCCAGCAAGGCGAUGAAGGAGACAACUUCUAUGUGAUUGACCAAGGUGAAGUGGAUGUGUAUGUGAACGGGGAGUGGGUGACCAAUAUUGGAGAGGGAGGUAGUUUUGGAGAAUUGGCCUUGAUCUAUGGGACUCCCAGAGCUGCCACCGUCAAGGCCAAGACUGAUCUUAAACUGUGGGGCAUCGACCGAGACAGCUACCGGCGCAUCCUGAUGGGCAGCACACUGAGGAAGAGAAAGAUGUAUGAAGAGUUCCUCAGCAAGGUUUCCAUCCUUGAGUCUUUGGAUAAGUGGGAACGUCUGACUGUGGCCGAUGCUCUGGAGCCCGUUCAGUUUGAGGAUGGAGAGAAGAUAGUGGUGCAGGGAGAACCUGGUGAUGACUUCUUCAUUAUUACAGAGGGAAUAGCCUCUGUUCUGCAGCGUAGGUCUGACAACGAGGAGUACGUGGAGGUUGGACGCCUCGGACCCUCUGACUACUUUGGUGAGAUCGCCCUGCUGUUGAACCGUCCCAGGGCAGCCACCGUAGUCGCUCGUGGUCCGCUCAAGUGUGUGAAGCUGGACCGGCCCCGCUUUGAGCGUGUGCUGGGGCCGUGCUCAGAGAUCCUCAAGAGGAACAUCCAGAGAUACAACAGCUUCAUCUCCCUCACUGUGUGACACGUCGGCCCCUCUGGGCCCCACCAGCAGGGGUGGGCAGCAUCAGCAUCAGAGUUUGGGUCCGUGGGUGGGAAGAGGUGAGGAUGUGGGGUAAAGGACAUGGGUUUUAACAUCCACAACUACAGGGCGCUCAUUUCCUGCCUUGUUCUUUUAUUAUUUUUUUUCCAUUUUGCGUGUUUCUUUUCUUUUGAUCUUGUGCACUUUGACUUGACCUGUGCUGUCAUGUAGCUUUAUGUCAAAACCAACAUGCAGGAGUGUAAAAACCAGAGCGAGGACAGAGAUCAUUCAGCUCAUUAUAUACUUUAAAUGAGUCAUAUAUACAGUGUGGCAGCUGUAUAUGAUGCAUGCUUCUAGACUGUCAAAGAAUGGAGUUUGCACUUGAAUGAAUUUAUGGAGGGUACGGAUGAAUUCAGGAAAUAAGAAGGAAGUAAAGUCAUGUUUACGUACAGCGGGAGGAAGUGAGCACACAUUUCUUUUUUUGCUGGCUGUUGUUUGCCUUUUUUUCCCCCAUCUUUGGCUGUGCGCGGUGCCAUUUCUAGGCCAAAUCAGACCCGCGCUACACUGACCUCUGUUCCCCCUAAAACGUAGAUGUAGAGGUUUGAAGACAAAUAAACUCUUGGAUGUUUCAUUUUAGUGCUUUAAGUGUGGACCUUACUGCUGUUAUCAGUUGGGGGCUUUGUUAAAGGCAGUUAAGAUUUGAAUAUUUAUUUUAUGUGCCAGCCAAAUUAACUAACAAGUUGCUUUCUUCUCAAGAAAUCCCCUUUGUCCCAAAUUCCCUGAAGCGGUUCAGUCUGAUCUGUGAGCUGUGGAAUCCCAAAGGAGCGGUAGUGUUAUCAGUCCACAUACACACUAACUGACAUGAAACACACAACCAUACUGUAUACGCUUACACUGUCUCAGGACUAUAUGGAUCUCCAACACAGACACACACGCACACACUCACACGUCUUUCCUGAUGCUUUUUUAAGCUCAUUUUGUUCUAUGUUAAAUCGCUAGAUGAAAGCUUUUGCACCACUUCAGAGUUUGUAACGUUGGGUCAAUACAGACGUUUGAUUUAGCUGUUUUUAAGACAUGACUUCUAUGUUAUAAAUAUAUAAAAGAAAGAAAAAAUAUACUUGUGUUGCUUUCCUUUGAUCUACUGUAAUCUGUCCAAGUUGCACACCUGACCCAGCGACUGAUGUUGUAUAAAAUGGGACCUUAUGAAAAGAAUAUUUCUAUAUUCUCUCUCUCUGUAUGUCUUUCUUUGAACUAUCAAACCAUCUUGAGCAAAUAAAGAUAAG